ACUAAAUAGUUUGUGCAUCAUCAAAGGGAGACAAUUUGUAAACAUUGUAGUCUUCACGUGCAGUGUUAGAAAACAAUCAAAGAUGGUUGAUUUACAUGCGUCAAGUGACUCUGAGGAUAUUGAAUCAGACGAAGAGCUCCAGCAAGCAUUUGCAAGUGGAAAGCUGAAGCCAGGUCUCAAUGUUGAAGUUCAAGCUCCAAAACAGCACAUUAACAAUGUGUCUGGCAUGAAGCAAAAGCUGGAGGAGUUGGAGCAGGGUCUGUCCUGGAUAGAGCGUCUAGACCUGACCAACCCCCCAGCCCCACCUCCUCCUGGAGCUGCCAUGGAAACGGAGGAUGAUGGCGCAGACAUAGCAAACAAUGACUUUAAGAGAGAACUUAGAUUCUACAGACAAGCACAGGCCUCUGUGCUAGUGGCAAUCCCCAAACUUCACAAGCUGGGCAUCAAGACUCGAAGACCUGAAGAUUUCUUCGCAGAGAUGGGUAAAACAGAUGCACACAUGAAAAAAGUGAGAGAAAAGUUACUAGAGAAGCAACAGAAUAUUGAAAAUAGAGAUAAAGCAAGGAAAUUAAGAGAGCUCAGAAAGUAUGGGAAAAAGGUUCAGCAAGAUGUUCUACAGAAAAGACAUAAGGAAAAGAGAGAGAUGCUGGAUGCGGUCAAAAAAUUCAGAAAAGGUCAAAAGAACAAGCUAGACUUCCUGGAGGAUAAGAAGGGCUCAGGAAAGGGCUCCAAGACACAGAACAGAACUGAAAAACCACACCAGCCUAACAAGAGGCGACAACACAAAGAUACCAAGUAUGGCUUCGGUGGGCAGAAGAAGAGAAGUAAGAUGAACACCAAGGAAACCUCAGCAGAUAUGUCAGGCUUCAGUCGGAAAGUACAUCAAAGUAAACCAGGGAAACAAUUCACUAACAAAAACAAAAAUAAGGGCAAUCGGAAUAAGCGGCCAGGAAAGGACCAGCGACAUAAGAUGAAAAAUAAGAAAAAAUGAUUGUAUCUGAAAUUACAAAUAAAAUAAAUGAAAAAAAUCCCAA